AUGGAAAUUAGUAGAGUAUCAGACACCCGUUGGUCAUGCCAGGCGAAGCAGUUUAACGCCCUUUGGAAUCGGAUGGAAAUAGUAUGUGAGGUUCUUAAUGAAGUCAUCGACAACGACAGUAAUUCCAGUCGUGUUACUGAAGCAACUGGUUAUUUGUUGCAGAUAGAUCGUCGAUUUCUCCGAUACCUGUCCGUGCUGAGGCAUGUUUUAACAAAAGCUAAGUUUGCAUCCGACAUGCUUCAAAACCCAUCAAACGACUUAACACACGCUGUUGACCUCAUUGGUACGCUCAAAGAAGAGAUAAUUGACUGCCGGACAAGAAAAAGUUGUCAGGAAUUCUGGGAAGCCGCAGAAACGAUUGCAGACAAGCUGUGCUUGCCUGAAACAUCGAGACCCAAAAGAAAAGUUGCGCCACCUGCUGUUUUAAGUGCUUACCAUGUUGAAAGCAAUAUUCAACAGCAUACUACUGAUGGAUUUGAUGUUUUCGUCCAAAAUGUGUUUGAAGUCAUCGAUAAAAUAGACGGCGAACUUAACAGAAGAUUCAGUGACAAAAACCUCACGAUAAUGAAAGGAAUAUCAUCUUUGUGCCCGACGUCCAAGACGUUCCUUGAACCAGGCCCACUUACGGACUUUUCUCGACUUUUUAAAGCAAAUACAGAUAUUCUUAACAGUAAAUUGAUUACGUUUAAACAUUUAUUGGACCGGAAGUCACUAGAACAGCGACCUGGAUCUCUUCUCCAGCUACACACUUAUCUAGAAGAGCUGAAGGAAGUAUUUUUUGAGUUGGAGCGUAUCAGUUUAGUUGCAUGCGCUCUGCCUGUUUCGUCAGCCGAAUGUGAACGCAAUUUUAGUUCAAUGAGACUAAUUAAAAAUGAUCUGCGUUCUGAUGAAGACAUAGAGGAGGAGAAAGAAAAAGAGGAGGAAGAAGGGACGGAGGAAGAAGCAGAUGAGGAAGAGACAGAGGAAGAAGCAGAAGAGGAAGAGACAGAGGAAUUGUAA